ACCAGAAUGAGGGGAAAGAAUCAAAGGUCAGUGAGGUGUGGGGAGAGCCACGCUAAGCUUUGUGGUCUCAUUGAAGCUUUGUACAGCAGCGUUUCUUUUUUGUUCUUUCAGUGGUAAAGAGUGAGCAUCCUGUGGGGCGAUGGGAGCGUGCGAUCCCAGCUCAGCCUUGGGUCAUGUGGGAGGUAGGGGGAGGAUCUGAGUGGAAAGUGCACUUCUGAAGCACACAACCCUGUAAACACACUGAUUUGUGCCAAACCUCCUCGGAGGGUGUGGGCAGAGCACUCAGUAAACAGUGCAAGGAUAAGUGAGGCUGGUGUUAGCAUGGAAGUGUGAUGCCCUGCCCAGCACCAGGCCUCCCCUCUGAGGUGGGCAGCAGAGGGGCUCCUGCUCCGUUGGGCGCCCAGACCCUGCGUUGGACAUCAGCUGUGUGGCACGUCAUGUCUGUUCCUCCAGAUCUUCAUCAGCAGUAUUUGCAGACUUGCCAAAACCUGAGCCAACCUGAAAAUCACUUUGUUGCUCGUGUGCUUCAAGAAGCUGAUAAAAGUGAUAAUGUCAGACGGACAAAAGGGAUCACAUUAAAAAUAGCUGGAAAUAAUCGCUUAGUGCCUGUGCAGAGAGUGACAGAUGAAGAUGUUCAAGUUCUUGCCCCUGUCUUACACAGUGCUGUAUGUGUCACCGGUUUGGAUCUGAGAUAUAAUGAUUUGACUGAUGUUGGAGUAAGGCACGUGGCAACGUUCCUCCAGGAAAACUCAACUCUGCGAUACCUUAACCUGAUGUUUAACGAUAUUGGCACGAGUGGAGCUGAGCUGAUAGCAAAUGCUCUCCAUAGCAAUGAAACUCUUCUGCAUUUGAGACUGACUGGAAACAAAAUAGGCAAUAAGGGUGGAAUGUACUUUGCUUCAAUGCUACAAGUUAAUUGCACCUUAGAGAAGUUAGAUCUUGGAGACUGUGAUGUGGGUACACAAUGUCUAAUAGCAAUAGCAUCAGUCCUGACUCAGAACAAGGCAGUCAAAGCAAUAAACCUCAAUCGUCCAUUGCUGUACAGCCAGGAGGAAGAGACCACAGUCCACAUAGCUUUGAUGCUGAAAAAUAAUUCUUCUCUUGUGGAGCUACAUCUGUGCAAGCACGAAAUUAAAAGCUUUGGUGUAGAGCGACUGUGUGAGGCAUUGUAUGAAAACUGCAGCCUGAGAUACCUUGAUCUUAGCUGUAAUAAAGUAACUCGUGAGGAUGUGAAAUUUUUGGGAGAACUACUGAAACAGAACCAAACUCUGGAAAUCCUAGAUCUUAAUUCAAACCGAAUAGAAGAUGAUGGAGCUAUCUACUUGAGUGAAGCUUUGGCUUUGUACAACAGGACUCUUAAGGCGUUGUCAGUAGUGAGCAACAAUAUAAGUGGCAAAGGGCUGGCAGCUCUCUCACAAGCAAUAAAAAUAAAUGUGGAACUCUCCUACAUUUAUAUUUGGGGGAACAACUUUGAUGAAGCCGCCUGUACGGCAUUUUCAGAAUUAAUUCAGGCAGGCCGCUUGAAACCUGAUUGCACAGAUGUGGAACCGUACGAAGUGGACGGGCACGUUCACCUUGCAGAGCUCUCCCAUGGCCUUAAAAAGCAUUACUACUGGACACCAAGCUAUGGGGUGGUGAAGAAUGCUGCUGCUAAUGCCAGUCUGGCAAUUGCAGCUGUUUCAGAAUGUUUCUAAGGUAGGUCUCAAGAAUGAGAAGAAUCCCUACAAAAAUUCCAUGUUUCCCCCAUUCAUCUCUGAAGGAAGUUACCAAUAUUGUCAAACACCAUGUACCUCCAAAAUGAACUCCUUAAGCCUAAGAAUGAAUGUGCAGCUGACUUCAUGCAUCUAUUGGCACAAGGUACCGUACAGAGCUGCUUCUUCAGGCCCUGGAGCACCCAGCCUGAACACUCCUACAAAUUCAAUAUAUGUCUCUUUCUAUAUAUAUUUAAAAUCUAUAUUCUAUUAAAUGAAUACCGUUGAUAGAGAUCAUACCUCAGCAGCUGAGAUAUCUGCACAAAAGAUGAGGGUAAGAAUCGAGGUUCUCAGAUGAGGACUGAAGAGUGCAGUUCACUAAAUUAUUGCUCUAAGUCAAAAUUACAGCCUGUGUAUUCUACUAAGAAAGGCUAAAAGUGUUGUUUUGUAAAAAAUAAUGAUUAUCUUCUUGUCUAUAAAGAAAACUAAAUGACUACGAAAGAAAGUGGUACUGUUAUAAGCAUCUAAACAAAUCCUGUAUAAAUCUAAGUACUGUUUUAAAAAGUCUGAAAAUCUAAGAAUACAGCAAUAAGCUAUUAUUGUAGAAAUAUAAAAACAGUCCAAACAAACACUGGUAUGGAAUGCAUUUUCUAAGUAGGAAUGUAGUUACUUCUUCCUAGAGCAAAACAGCUCUUGUCCUUUAUUCUGCAUUUUACAUUAAUCCUCAGAUAACAACAGUGUAUCAUUAGUUUAUCUUCCAGAGUUGGUUAAACAUGAAAUUUAGCAAGCAUACGGUGCUGCACUUUGUCAAUACUCAUGGCUAAGUCUAUGUCUAUGCCAAGACUCUUCCUCUGUAUUCAGAAAGUGAAAGAGGAAUCUUAGAGCAAGGUACAGCGUUCACUUUGUUAAAUGGAAUCAGGAUUCUGCUCUUUGUGGUUCUUGAAUGCUAGUUGGCUACAGAAUCAUUCAGCUCCUAAUCAACAACAGCAACUUGGAAGAAGAAAAAGCCACGGGAGAAGCAGUAGUAGGGAACUGCCAAACAAAAUCUGAGAACUUCAUCUAUUGCCUUGUGCCAGCCUUAUGAAGGGCAUCAGCUGUACAUAAAUGGUGCAGGAUGGAUAAGCAAAGAAAUUAAAUGCCAAGAAGUAUGGCAGUAGUUAGCAAACAAAGUGAAAAAUGCCUGCAUUCAACUGUUCCUGGGCCACUCCAUGCUGCCUGUGGUAGAUUUUAUCAUUAAAUUGGCCAUAUCUUAUGACUUAAAACAUGAUCAAGAAGCAGAGUUCUAACCGUGCCCCAUACCAAGAUGACCAACACAAAGAAAUGAAAGAUCUGUUACUUCACAAGUACAAAUGUGGAGGAAAAAAAUCUGUAGUCAUGCUCAGGAGUCAAGGGACCAUCUGCAGAACAUGUAAAUGAAAUCCUCCAAGAACUUUUUCACAAGGCUGUUUAAUUAAGGGGCAGAUUAAUUUUUACUCCAUGUAGAACACAGUUAGUUAAGAGGUAUCUCCUAUGCCCUUCUAUUUAUCAAUGUCUGGACACAAGGCAUCAGUGGGAAUAAAAUGCUAGCACCAAAGAAAUAACCAACAAGUGAUAUCUUUAGAUCUAUUUGUGGCACAGUCGUAAGACUGCUUCCUUACUGUUUGAUGAUUACUUAGGUAACACUUCUAUCAUGUUAAUGGCACAAACUGGCAAAAUGGAGCAUAAAAAAAGGUACUCCUACUCUUAACCAGUCUUUAAUGAUCCUACAGAGAACCUAAAAAUGCUUUGUUAAAAAAAAAUAUAAAUUGCUAAUAGUAAAAUAUACCUUUGCAAGAGUCUUGCUAGAUACCAAUUACAGUUACUGUGCAACACGAAAGGUAAAUUAAUACAUAAAUACUUCAGUUGAAACAAAUCCCUGCUUGGGAGAAUGUUAAUCUGCCCUGUUGUAUUCUUCCUCAAUGCCCCCUCAAUAGCAGUCAUGCAGUAUUUUCACAGUGAAGGGCUGCAUUUGUUUCUUCUUUUGUACCUACUGACCAGCACCACAAGAAGCACAGAAAUGAUCAUUAUGAAGCUAUGGAUCACACAUCACAGUUCAGUCAAUGCAUCUUUUCACCUCAUCUACAACAUCCAUGUUCUAGCUCUUCUGGUGAGCAAAUGCUGCUGCUUGUGCCAAAUUCGGGACAUUUCAGACAUAUGAAAAAAAAUCUUGGACAAGUUACAACACUGGAUUCACUUCAAAAACGAGUGACUUCUUGGAAAGAAUACACAGUAGUACCUAUGCCAUUAGAACUCUCUGGGUUAUCAUGCUAAAGAAACUCUCCUUUACUUGCCCCAUCAGGGACAUGAACACAAAGCUUUCUGUCCCUCUGGUCAGACUUCAGCUGAAGAUGGACUGCUUCUCCCAGACAGCAGUAAUUCUUUGAGAGGACCUUGACUGAGCACUGGCCUACCUGCCAUCACAUAUCAUUACAGGACCUCAGGAAGCUCUUUAGCACAUUCAGAUCAUGACUUUCCCUUAAAAACAAACAAACAGCAUGUUGCCUAGGACCACAUCCUAGCAGCUUUUGAAGAUCCCCAAGCAAGGGGACUCCAGCAACCUCUCCUGGCUACCUGCUCCAGUGCUCAGGUGAUGCUGUCACACACCAGAUGGACAGGAACAUAGCAGGAGAUCUCCAAAAUGCAUUAGAGUAUUUAACAGAGAAUACUUAAGGCAGGCAUUGCUGGAAAACAUGUAACUCCUGGAAGUGUUAAUUGCAAACAGAAGGUUGAUUGUACAUUAGCACAAUUCAACAGUGAGGAAAAAAACAAAACAAAACAAAA